AUGCGUCUUCUACCAUCACUCGUGGUCGCUGCGAGCUUUUACCCUCUCAUAUCUGCCGUGCCCGCAGGCUCCAGCAUCACCCCACCGCCGCCCCUCCAGCCUGUCCACCUCAUUACUCAUUCUGACCCACGCCGCCCAUGGACUCGGCUGCGCGAUUGGGUAAUCGGUUCGAUCUGGGGUAUUGAUCCCAAGCAUUGUUCAUCGAGGAAUGCAUCGCCGCCAUCUAACAUCUACGCACGAUAUGGCAGUGAUGUGGUGCUUCGAUUUCACCUGCGUCAGCCGGACGAGGCAGCCGCAUUGUCAUCCGCAUCGCAAGUGCUAUUCUUGGAUAUUUGGGCCAUCACCUCGGAAUUCGUGGAUAUCAGACUGGCAGAGGACAUGAUACCCUCAUUGCUCGACCUUCUCCCGGUCACUCUCCGCACCUCCUACACCCCCCUCAUGGAUAAUCUCGCCGACAAGAUAUACGCAACAUAUCCUGAUAGUCUCCGUAAUAAUUUGGACCUCGGGUCAGGAACUAUAUCACCAGGGCGCAAGACAACGACAAUUGGCGACCUCUUCUUCCAAGAAUACCAGCCACUGUCGGUUAUUACGCAAUGGAUGCGCUUGAUGGCAUCGAUGUUCUCCUCGCAUGUGCGUAUGACUAGCAUAGGUCUUUCCUACGAGGGCCGCGACAUCCCAGCCCUGCGACUGAGGGGGUCCGAAACAGACAACAAACCCGGGCCCCGCAAGACGAUCGUCAUCAUGGGUGGCACCCACGCCAGAGAAUGGAUCAGCACAUCCACAGUAACAUACGUGGCCUACAGUCUCAUCACAUAUUACGGGUACUCCCCUGCCGUAACACGCUUGUUGCACGAGUACGACUGGGUCCUAAUUCCUACACUCAAUCCAGACGGAUACGUCUACUCAUGGGAGUCAGAUCGUCUGUGGCGUAAGAACCGCCAGCCGACGGGACUCCCACUGUGUCCCGGCAUUGACCUGGACCGCGCCUGGGACUUUGAGUGGGAUGGCGAGUCAACUCACUCGAACCCCUGCUCCGAGAACUAUGCCGGCACAGAGCCAUUUGAAGCACGGGAAUCGCAGCGCCUGGCGCAGUGGGCGCAGAAUGAGACAGCUCAUGGCCGGGUUGACAUCGUCGGCUUCAUUGACCUGCACUCUUACUCUCAGCAGAUCCUCUACCCAUACUCAUACAGCUGCUCAGCCGUACCCCCCACCCUCGAGACUCUCGAGGAACUCGCCUUGGGUCUCGCCAAAACCAUCCGCCAGACCUCGCAUGAGUCCUACGACGUUACCUCGGCAUGCGAGGGGAUCUUGACCAAUGGUGCAGCUACUGGAGUUACUUCCGGUGGUAGCGCUCUAGACUGGUUCUACCAUAAAUUGCAUGCCACGUACUCUUAUCAGAUCAAACUUCGGGACCGGGGUAGCUAUGGGUUCCUUUUGCCCUCGGAGCAUAUCAUUCCCACCGGAAAGGAGAUCUUCAACUCCUUAUUGACAUUCAGAAAGUUCAUGUGGGGUGAAGAAGCCUCGGAUAUUACCUUUGAAGACAUGAUGAUGGGCGGUCAAGUGCCCCUGGCGGAUAAGAAGAAAAUGUUGGCAAUUCAAUGUCUCCUUCUGUGGAUCGUUGGUGCUAUAGCUGCUAGCCAUUAUCCACUCGCUGUCAGCUUUGGAUUUAAUUACAUCACUGCUGCCUAUGUGGACUCAGCCAAUGAUUCAGUUCCAAUUGUGAAGAUCGAAGGAUCCGAAGAGUAUCAGAGAUAUAUGCGACAAUUGGCCAGUGAUUCUCAGGACAGAGUUAAACGACACAAAAGGGACGACGAAACAGAAGAAAGCGAACUGAUUACGUUGCAUUACCGCGAUGAAGACUAUGUGGGAAAAUCCCAAAGAAUGAUCUCCAAUAUCCUCACGGAAGUCUUGCAAUUGGCGACCGACGCUGUUAACUUCCCACUCGAGAUUGAAGCAACGGGUAUCCCUUCAGGAUUUGACUCUUUGGCAAGCAAACAUUUGACUGCGAUGCUGUUGAACAGCGACGCAGCUCCACAAUUGAAAGAUGAAAGCCAGAUUAUGGGAUUCUUCGAGACGAUCCAACUGGUCUAUGAUAAAGAGGAGCCAGCGUCAGACCAUGGUCCUAUGCUUUAUAUCGACUAUACUUAUUACUCAUUGGACAUGAGAAUUACCGAUGGAGUAGUGACUAUGGAUCACCCAGAGCAUACUUUAAAGGGUGGAAGAUUCCCUUGGUUUGGGGCUGAUUCGACUAGAGUCACUUUCAAGGACAAAAUUAUGAAUCAAAUUUAUGACUACUUCCCGUGGUUUGGGCCGUCUGGUUUUGAUACACGCGAUGCAAUGGAAAGAAUUGGUCUCCUUACUGGGUAUUUUAUCUCCCUGUUGGAGAUUAGGGAUUAUCAAAAUCUCCGUGGCUUCAUUCUAACUGGAGAUGUAUCUCAUGAUGCCAUGGAGGAUAUCGAGAGAGUUGUCAAUGAAAAGCUGCCUAAAGAAUGGAAGCCAUCGCUUCGGGCGGAUAUUAACCCUGCCUUUGUUGGCGUUGUUGGUCUCACACGUCGAGCAAAGAUGUUUACGCGGGAUACAGAGGUUGUGAAAUCCGGUCGUCCGAUUCAUGAUGAGAUGUGA